UAUCGAUAACUUGAGUCAGCUGUUGCUUAGUUUGUUUUGUGUAAAUAAUUUGAUGCGGAGAAAAAACUUAAUUUUAUUGUUAUAAGUCCUCUGCUUUCACACCUGCACACAUUUCCCAUGUCGGACGACAUCAAGAAGUAUUUAGACGGCCUGCUGCAAAAGGUCAGCGGCCUGUACGUGAUUCAGAUUACGGAUCGUGAUGGAGUGCCCCUCCUGCGGGUCAGCCAGGAGAAGAACGUGGACUUCGCCCUGAUGCCCUCGUUCAUACCCACAUUCACCACCGCCUGCGACCAGGCGAGCAAACUGGGUCUGGGCAGGAACAAGACCAUCAUCUCCAUGUACUCCAACUACCAGGUGGUCCAGAUGAACAAGCUUCCGCUGAUCCUAACAUUUGUGGGCGCGGAGAACUGCAAUACAGGCCACAUCCUGGCCCUGGAGCACCAGGUCGAUGGCUAUUUGGAGGACAUAAAGCUCGCUGUCACCGAGGCAUAGAAUUAAUCUACACUGUAAUUGCAUAUUUUCUAAAAUUACUAAAUGUUUAUACUUUAUUGAAACCGAAUUUUGUUGGGAAUCAUGAAAAUACAUUUUUCCGUAGAAAUCUGUAUAAUCU